UAAAUGACUGAAACCUGUUGACUCUUCAGUCCCCUGACUCUAAACUACACUACCCAGGAUGCAAAACGUCGUCAAGAAGGGAAGUCUAAUUCUAAGCCGCUCGGAUAAAAAAAGCUAACAGCUGAAGUAUUGUAUUACACCAGAGGAACCUGACUACCCUUUAAUAGGGCAAGGGCGACACAAAGUAACCCGACUGGUCACGCUCUUUAAAUCUCUCAGAUAUGACGCGGAAAUUAAGGGCACCGAUAUUUGAUUUGACACUAGACAUUUUACUCUCAAGUUAUGCCAGAAGACGCAGCGUGGAGCGCGAGCUGUAAGGAGCCUGUAUGGAUUUAAACUUAAAGUAAUGUUUCGUGUUCUUUUUGCCAUCCUGAUGGACCUUUUGAAUUAUGGAUCGAAUCAACGGCAUAAUACUGUUGACUGGAGCGCAGCGUAACAGGUCGUAAUGCCGCACUAUUGGACUGUGCCUAACAGGUGCUUAGACAUUUCUGGAUAAAUCAAAGGCACGUAUGAGCUGACACAUCAUAUAUUUUAUGGCGAACUACGCGAAAUAGCUAUAGUUCCAUAAAUAUUUAAUUUAAUUAAAAUGUAUUAGAAUGAACAUGUAAGGUUAUGUUAUUUUUGCUCGACUGAAGGAGGGGAAAGAUCUGGGAUUUAUUAAUGCUGUGGCAAGAAAUUACAAGAAAUAUGUAGUGAUCCAUUAUGUUGACAUGUCAGGAAUCAUGUCAUGGAUCAUGCCAUAGCACUGUGACCACAGACUUGGGCCCUUUUACUCACAUUAUGAAUAAUACUGCUUUAUUUGGAUACUGAUGGGUGUUUGUGCUGCCAGUCUGAAGAGCCUCCACCAUGGGAUGUGUACAGAGUGUAAAACUCAAGCCAAGUUUUCAUGAGAACAUCACAGUCCUGGAACUGCAAGCCUCCAUUGAUCCUAGUCCAACUGUCAUCGAUGAGUCAUCUAAUGUAGUUUUACGUUACCGCACGCCUUACUUCAGGGCAUCAGCUCAGGUGCAGGUGCCACCCAUGCUUUGCAAAGAGAUCUGGACUGUUGGCUGGAUCCAGGCUUGCAAUCAAAUGGAUUUCUUCAAUAUAUAUGGAAAUGAAGGAGUAUCCAGCUGGGAGCUCCCAGAAUUGAGAUGUGGGCAGAUUCAGGCCAUCAGUGAUUCAGACGGUGUGAAUUACCCCUGGUACGGCUGCACCACUGAGAUAUACACAAUAGUGGGCCCAACUAAGAAGAGCACCAAACUCACUGUCAGCAUGAACGACAACUUCUGUCCAAGUGUGACGUGGAGUGUCCCAGUGGGCACCACUAGCAGUCCCCCUCUCCUGAGCUCCAUCCAGAGGGACCAACGCUUCACCACCUGGCUGGUGGCCAUGAACGAAACCACAGCUGAAAUGGUGCUACUCCGAACCAUCCGCUGGAGGAUGCAGCUCUGCAUUAAAGUGGAUCCAAAGAAGCCUCAGGGUCAAAGAGCCACAGUUAUGGAGCCAGUGAUCCAGGAGCAGCCUCAAGUCCUAGUUAGGAACGAACCCAUCCCAACAAACGCCUUGCUUAAGCCUAAUGCCAAUGAUGCCCAGGUUCUAAUGUGGCGGCCUAGAAGUGGGAAGCCCAUUGUGGUCAUCCCCCCAAAAUACCAUGAAGGAUAUUUCCUUCCAUUUUAACUUGAAAUGAUUAAAUAUUGCUCAGUUAAAUGAAGUAUGGCAUGGAGUGAGUGAGAAUGCUAUUAAACAGGGCUACUGAGUUAAAGUUUUAAAGAAACAAAGGUAUUAUUUGUGUAUUUACUGAUUGUUAAUGUGCUGUUUAAGGACACACAUUUAUCAUAUUGUGUACUGUUUUGUUUUUAGAUAUUUUAAUAUUUGUAAUUUGUAAGACAAAACUGCAUGUGGCCUUUGCAUACUUUGCUAUAUGGACUGAAAUGUGGCCUUAUAAAACCAAUUAUUAUGAACUAAACUAAAAUCAUUUGUUCACACAGUUUGAGAUGAUUAUUAAAUGUAUAAUGAAGGCGGUAUAUUUAUUUUUAGUCCAGUGUGGCCAAAGUUUUGUUGCCUUUUGUUUUGUGCAAUUACAGGAAACACAUUUGCAAAUGUCACUUGUGUGCAUGGCCUCUUACAGAAUGUUCUCUGGUCUAGAACUGUGAAUAAUUGAAUUGUCUUCUCAUGUUUUAAGAGGCAGCUUUUCAGGAGCACAAGCUGUGUUUCAGGUACUUCAUCUCUAUUUUUUUU